AUGCACCUGGCUGUAGCGCAUGACCACCUCAUUAAAGCUAAAUCCAAGCUUCUGUGUGUGGAGACAGGGGGAGGGAUGUAUGGGGUAUGUGUGGAGGGCAAGAGACUUGGCGCGAACUGCAACUAUGAGCUAAUGCAAGGCCUCCCAAUCUUGAUUUGCUUCUUCCCCCCAGGGGCACGCGCUGUGUGGGAAGCUUUACGGUGUGCAUUUUAGGGCCCCUUUGGUGAUUUGCAGCAGGGUGGACCUUGCAUCGCUGGUAGAGGGCACAGGCGGAGAGAAUUUAGAUAUUAAAGGGCACAUUGCGACCAUCCCGCCGCUCUGUUUGUUUUGGCAGCAGCCGCACGUCUACGGGAAUGAGCACACACACAUGGCGGCCGUGCCAACGCGAUGGCGCUGCACCCAGAAACGGCACUCAGCAGACGUAGAAGUUGACAGAUGUUAG